AUGCGGGAAGGCCCCAAGCCCUGGGUAAACUUUGCUCUGAGUGUGGGUCUGAAGCUGCAACGGGAGUGGCAGCCCGGCCUGCGCCUACACGGAUCUUUACGGGGCCUCAGCUUGGCCUCGAUGGCGCUCCACCAGCGGCCAUCGCCGCAGCCCUUCCUAUUUUUGGUGUUGCUGCUGCUGCUGCUGUCGCCGCCGCCGCCGACGACGACAACAACGAUACCCGCUGUAAGCCAGUGCCAGAGCGCCAGGCAGUGCUCGCGAAUCCCCUACGCUGCCUCGCGUGACUUUGACGUGGAGUACUCUGUGCCCAGCUUCUCUGCCAGCAGCCGGGUACAGGCUGUGGCGAGCUACGAGGACGAGGACAGGAGUGCCAUAUUCGUAGCCACACGCAACCGCCUGCACGUGCUGGGUCCCAAGCUGCAGCUUAUCCAGAGUGUUGUUAUGGGUCCCGCCGGGGAUCCUGGCUGCCAGACGUGCUCAGCCUGUGGCCUGGAUCCCCACGGCCCGCUGCGCGACACAGACAUGCAGGUGCUAGUGCUGGACCCGGCGCUGCCCGCGCUGGUCAGCUGCGGCUCAAACCUACUGGGCCGCUGCUUCCUGCAUGAGCUGGAGCUUGGCGAGGAGACCACGCGCCUGGCGCCGCCAGCCUGUCUCUUCUCUGCCGAACACAACCGUCCCGAGCACUGCCCCGACUGCGUGGCCAGCCCGCUAGGCACCCGCGUGACUGUGGUCGAGCAGGGCCAGGCCUCCUACUUCUACGUGGCGUCGUCACUGGACGCGGCCGUGGCCGCCAGUUUCAGCCCACACUCAGUGUCAAUCAGGCGCCUCAAGGCCGACGCCUCCGGAUUCGCACCAGACUUUGUGGCGCUGUCAGUGUUACCCGCGCACCUCUCCUCCUACCGUAUAGAAUACGUGUACAGCUUCCGCUCAGGAGUCUUCGUUUAUUUCCUGACAGUGCAGCCCGCCAGCGUGAAGGCCGCUCCCGGUGUCCUGCAUACGCGUCUAGCUCGGCUCAGCGCUACUGAGGUAGAGCUGGGUGACUAUCGCGAGCUGGUUCUCGAUUGCCGUUUUGAGCCUAAACGCCGACGUCGCAUGGCUCCCAAGGGCGGACAGCCCUAUCCAGUGCUGCUGGCAGCCCACACAGCUCCUGUAGGCGCCAAACUGGCCUUUGAGCUGAGCAUCACCGAGGGCCAGGACGUGCUAUUCGGGGUCUUCACAGGGAGCAGGGACCGUGGUCCCCGCGAGGACCCAAACUCUGUCGUAUGUGCCUUCCCCAUUGACUUGCUUGAUACCCUCAUCGAGCAGGGUGUGGAAAGCUGCUGCCAGCCUCCUGUCCAUCCUGGUCUCCGGAGAGGCCUCGACUUCUUCCAGCUGCCCAGCUUUUGCCCUAACCCGCCUGGCCUGGUGGCCCCCAGCCCCAACAUCAGCUGCCGUCACUUCCCUCUACUGGUCAGCAGCAGCUUUUCACGUGUGGACUUAUUCAACGGGCUGCUGGGAACCGUGCAGGUUACUGCACUACAUGUAACACGCCUGGCCAAUAUCACAGUGGCCCAUAUGGGCACAGCUGAUGGGCGCAUCCUGCAGGUGGAGUUGGCCAGAUCUCUCAACUACUUGCUGUACGUGUCCAACUUCUCCCUGGGCAGCAAUGGGAAGCCCGUGCAGCGGGAUGUCAGUCGCUUUGGGGAUCACCUGCUCUUUGCCUCUGAGGACAAGGUCUUCCAGGUACCCAUCCAGGGCCCUGGCUGCCGCCAUUUCCUCACCUGUGGGCGUUGCCUACUGGCUCAGCGCUUCAUGGGCUGUGGCUGGUGUGGGGACAUAUGUGGCCGGCAGAAGGAGUGUCCCAGCUCUUGGCAACAGGAUCACUGCCCACCUGAACUCACUGAGUUCCACCCCCACAGUGGGCCCCUGAAGGGCAACACAAGGCUGACCCUGUGUGGCUCCAAUUUCAAACUGCACCCUGCUGACUUGGUGCUUGAGGGCACCCAUCAGGUCACUGUGGGCCAAAGUCCCUGCCGGCUGCUGCCCAAGGCCACCUCAAAGCUCAGACCAGUGUCCCAGAAAGACUUUAUAGAUAAGCUUGAGUGUGAGCUGGAGCCCUCAGGCAUGCAGGCAGCCGGGCCUGCCAACAUCAGCCUCACUGUGACCAACGUGACAACAGGCAAUCGCUUCUGGGUAGAUGGCACCUCUAUGUUGCAAGGCUUCUCUUUCAUGGAGCCAGUGCUGAGAACUGUGCAGCCCUUGUUUGGCCCACAGGCAGGGGGCACCCUCCUCACCCUCAAAGGUCAGGAUCUGUGUAUAGGUACCAGUCGGGCUGUGCUGGUCAAUGGGACUGAGUGCCUGCUGAAACAGGUCAGUGAGGGGCAGCUUCUAUGUAUCACACCCCCAGGGGCUGCCACGGCCAGAGUUCCCCUUCACCUGCAGGUGGGGGGUGCUGAGGUGCCUGGCUCCUGGACUUUCUACUACCAGGAAGACCCCGUUGUAUUGGGCAUCAACCCCAACUGUGGCUACACUGGCUCCCAUGUCACCAUCCGUGGCCAGCACCUGACUUCAGCAUGGCACCUUGUGUUAUCAUUCCACGAUGGGCUUGGGGCAGUGGAGAACAGGUGUGAAGGGCAGCUCCCGGAGGAACAGAAGUGCUACUUGCCUGGAUACGUGGUUCGAGGCUCACAGGAGUGGGUGACAGGGAACCUGAGUGUCCAGGGGGAUGGAGCUAAUGGCUUCACACUGCCUGGUUUUCGCUUCCUGCCCCCACCCCAUCUGCCCAAAGCUGACUUGGGUCCACUGAAGCCUGAAGAACAUACCAUUAAGUUCCAGUAUAUUGGGCUGGCCUCUGUGGCUGACUGUGUGAGUGUGAACGUGACCGUGGGUGGUAAGAGCUGCCAGCACGAGCUCCGGGGGGAUGUGGUCAUCUGCCCCUUGCCCCCCUCCCUGGAACUUGGCAAGAGUGGUGCCUUGUUGCAGGUCUGCGUGGAUAGCGUAUGUCAUAACCUGGGCAAGGUGAUGAGGCUAGGCCCAGAGGGGCUCCCACAAGGCAUACUGCUUGGUGUCCUGCUGGUCCUGCUCCUGCUUGUGGCUGCGCUAGUCAUCACUCUGGUCUUCAAGUACUGGCGGCGGAAGAAGCAGCUAGUCCUUCCUCCCAACCUGGAUGACCUGGAGUUCCUGGACCAGACCUCUGGAGCCAUCCCUCUGCCUCUGCUCCGCUCAGGCUCUGACUACAGAAAUAAUCUUGAAUACCCUGCCAUUGGGAGUCUGGACCCCAUCACCCAAGGCACAUCCUUCUCAGACAACAAGGAUGGGUCUGGUGUCCCAUUGCUCCAGACAAAGUCCAUCCAACUCAGGGACCUAGACUCUAAGCUCCUGGCUGAAGUCAAGGAUGUUCUGAUACCCCAUGAGCGAGUGGUCACCCACAGUGACCAAAUCAUUGGCAGAGGUCACUUUGGAGUUGUCUACCAUGGAGAAUACACAGACCAGGCCCAGAAUCGAAUACACUGUGCCAUAAAGUCACUGAGUCGCAUCACAGAGAUACAGGAGGUGGAGGCCUUCCUGCGCGAAGGGCUGCUCAUGAGCGGCCUACACCAUCCAAAUGUGUUGGCUCUUAUCGGUAUCGUUCUGCCACCUGAGGGAUUGCCCCGUGUGCUGCUGCCCUAUAUGUGCCAUGGAGAUUUGCGCCAGUUCAUUCGCUCACCCCAGCGGAACCCCACGGUGAAGGACCUCAUUGGAUUUGGCCUGCAGGUAGCCCGUGGUAUGGAGUACCUGGCAGAGCAGAAGUUUGUGCACAGGGACCUGGCUGCUAGAAACUGCAUGCUGGACAAGUCAUUCACAGUCAAGGUGGCUGACUUUGGUCUGACCCGUGGCGUCUUGGACAAGGAGUACUACAGUGUUCAGCAGCACCGCCACGCUCGCCUUCCUGUCAAAUGGAUGGCACUGGAGAGCUUACAGACCUACAAGUUCACCACCAAGUCUGAUGUGUGGUCAUUUGGCGUGCUGCUGUGGGAGUUGCUAACACGGGGUGCACCACCAUACCCUCACAUCGACCCCUUUGACCUUACCUACUUUCUGGCCCAGGGUCGGCGCCUGCCCCAGCCUGAGUAUUGCCCUGAUACCCUGUAUGAAGUGAUGCAGCGCUGCUGGGCCACGGAGCCAGGGGCACGACCUACCUUUGAGGUGCUGGUGCGGGAAGUGGAGUCUGUGGCAUCCACACUGCGUGGGGACCAUUACGUGCAGUUGUCUGCAGCCUAUAUGAACGUGGGUCCCGGUGCUGCAGACUGGGUGAACCCACCCGUGGAACAGCUACCUCCAGCAUCUGGAAGCCAGCAGCUGGAGGGUGGCCUCAGAGAGUCUCAGAGGCCAUGGAUGAGCUCAGGAUCCCUAUACUUCAGGCAGGGGUUGUCACUGUCCACUGAGGCCAUUAUUGAAGGGGCCUAUGGCCCAGCCUCUCAGGCUCAGACCCCUGAGCCCAUUCACCAGUUACGCCAGGAGCCUCCCCAGGUUAGCUCCCAAUGGGGUUGUAAGUGGGCUUCCCAGGAUGCCCCAAGUCUCUCCCCCAAUGGCCCAAUUCAGAGCCUCAUCGUGGAAGCCCAGCCACAUCUCAUCAUGGAGGACGGGACCCUGGCCCUACCUGUGUGUGUGCACAGUGACAGCAGCAGCAUCAUUGACACGACCCAGCAUGGACCCUGCCACCCCCGGAUUCAGGUGCAGGUUCGGGGGGAGGGCAAGCCCCCAUCCAAAGUCCUGGUGGGCUGGGGCAAAGGUCCUGGCAUCGCUGAACAGAUGGCCCCCUCUGGCACUAGGAAGAGCCGGUGGUUACCCUACUUCCCCUCAGAGGAGGAAGGGGCAGCUAUAGUCCAGGGCCCUCUUCCAGCUCCAGCUGAGGCUCCUGCCAAAGGUCAUGGCCAAAGCAAGUGCCCAUGUCCAGCUCAAGCUACAGCUUCUUCUAUGUCGCUGCCUCCUUCAGUUCCAGUUCAAGCUACUACUCCAGCUUUGGAUGUGGCCCCAAAGCCCAUUGUGAUUGAACCUUGUACCUGCACCCUUGACCACCUGACUGACACCAUAGCCAUCACUAAAAAUCUGUCCCAAGAUCUCCUGCUCAGGAAGUGUGGCAACCAACAGUCAGUCCCAUUGGAGUCUUCCAAAGUGCAAAAAGCCUACCAGGACACAGUGAGUUUCCAGAAGGAGCCUCUCACCCCACCAUCCACUCCAAUAGGCACCCCAGACCAGGCCCAGGAGCACAAGGUUACUAGAAGACAAGAUCUACCCGAGCAACCUGAGAACAUGGUAGAGAAGCCCCUGGUUGGAUCAUGCAAGCCAACACUAGGCCCAGAACCCCCAGGCACCCCCAAACCCCAGAGGAUUAGCCAGGAGGGCUGCAGCUCUCAGUCAGACCAGCAGCUUCUAAACAUCUGCAACAACAACUGCACCAAUAUACCACUGUCUGCUUACCAAGCAACCUGCCAUGGGCAGCAUCCAGUCCAGUCUCUCAGGGAAGCUGUGCAGAUCCCCCUGUCUUGUACUCCCACCUGCCAGCUCCGGGAAGCCAUGGAAGACCAUGUGCUUGUGUUUGAUAUGGCCACAGGCAACACCAGGAUGGGUCUGCUGUGCCAUGACCCCAUGGGCUCACGGGCAAGACUGGUAGGCCUCAUGCCCAACCACCCACCCAUCUACGUCCCUGAGAAUAUGCGAUCACUGGCCAUGCCCAUCCACUCCCCUGACAGCAAUCGCUCCAGCUUCUGGUCCACCACACCCAUGCUGUCCAGCCCUGUGCCUUCUAGCCUCUCAUCUGGCAGUUAUCGAGAGGUAGCCCUACUUCCCAAGGAGGCCAGGCUCAACUUGGAGUCACAGAACUCCCCUGGUACAGAGACUCCCAUCAGGAUUGGAAUGCUCACUAGGCCUGUCCCAUUGGGGAUGCCACUCCAAUUUGGUGACAGGAUACUGAGCCACAUCCCCAGUCCUGGCUGGUCCAAAUCUGAUGCAGAGAAAAAUGAACCUAAUCAUACCAUCUGGAUGCUGGACACCUCCUGGAUGCCAGAUACCUCCAUUGUGCAGACCAAUAAAUUGCAGUGGAUGAACUCAGAGCAGACCCCAGAGCCUGCUCCACUAGCCAAUCCACAGGAGGUGCCCAGAACCCUGCUCCAGGAGGAUAUGAGCAGUCAUAAGCGGGAAGACGUCAUUACUGUGUACCCUGACAAUCCUCUAGCUGAAGGUGCUGGGAAGGCCCCCCUCACUGGUCAGCCCCCACAAGCUGAGCAGUCCCCACUUGCCAGGAAGAUCCCUUCUGUGGGCCAGCCCCCUCUAGUUGACCAGCCCCCCUCCACUGAACAGCCCCCUAUCACAGGUCACGUCCUCUACACCAGCCAGACACAGGCCCCCUCCACCCUGAAGCCUUCUCUUCCUGGCCAGAGCCCCCCCACUAAGCAGGUAACUCUCACUGGGCAGCUCCCCUCUUCCAGAGAACCCCUCUCCACCAGUGAGCUCACUCCCUCAAGAGGGGACCCUAUCACCAAGGAGCCUGGACAGGCUUCCACUUUGUCUCAGGAAGGUGAGUCCUUGGGCCUGCCUACUCAUGCAGGGGUACUUCGGGUGCCCCUGGCCCCUCAGGAGACCUGUGUCUAUAUGAGCAGAGAGAAGGUCAGCAUUGGGGCCACUCAAGGCUCCAGCAAGCAUCGGCUCACAUGGCCAUCUGGUAGCUCCCCCAGGACCCAGGAGGAACAGCUUUCCCUGAUCACAUUCACCACAUCUGGCACUGGCUACAAGAUCUUGCCUAUGGCCAUGGUGAGCACUGAGCCCCAGGGUACCCGGCUGAAGAUGACACCUGAAGGCAUCACACACUCGUCAGUGGUUGCACACCUCGGCCUACUCCGAGGGACCUGCAAUGAGCUGGUAUCCACCAUGGAUGCUCUGCCAGUUCAACUCCCAGUGAUCUGCCACCCCUCCCUGGGCCCCUACCAGGAUAUGGCAGCCAUAGUGAUAGACACAGGUACAGGCUUCACCAAAUGUGGGCUGGCUGGAGAGGACCAUGCCCUCAGCGUGGUGCCCUCACGUGUCCAGCUACUGCAGCAAUCAGCCCAGGGCCAGCCCAGGUAUAUGGUACCUGACAAUCAAGAGGGUUCCUACCCAGUGCUGAACCGAGGUGUGGUCUCUGACUGGGAUGCACUGGAAGUGUUGUGGCAGCACCUGUUCUACUGUAGGCUGGGUGUGCAGCCUGAGGAGCUGGCUGUGCUCGUGGCAGAUUCACCCAUUUCACCACGCACCAACCGAGAAAAGGUAGCUGAGAUACUCUUUGAGCGUUUCCACGUGCCUGCCAUGCAGACAGUGCAUCAGGCCCUGUUGGCACUCUACGCUUAUGGACGCACCACUGGACUGGUGCUGGGCAGUGGCUAUGGCACCUCCUAUGUGGCACCCAUUCUCACUGGAGACCUGGCCCCACUUGACACCUAUCGGCUGGAUGUUGCUGGUUGUGACCUCACUGAAUACUUGAGUCAGCUGCUCCUGGCAGGGGGCCACUCACCGCCCAAGGCAGCACUGGUCAACCAGAUUAAAGAGGCCAGCUGCUAUGUGACCAUGGACAUGGCAGCUGAGAUGGCCUGUGCCCAGGCCCAGGCUAGGGUGGACUUUGUUCUCCCCGACAAGCAGGUCAUCACACUGGGCUCUGAGCGCUUUCGCUGCCCUGAGGCCCUUUUCCAGCCCAACCUGCUAGGCCUCAACCAGCCAGGCCUCCCACAGUUGGCCCUCCUAAGCAUCAGCCGGCUGGAGGCCAAGCAACAAGAGCAGCUUCUGGCCAACGUGGUAUUGGAUGGUGGCAGCACCCUGUUGAAUGGUUUUCCCGAGCGCCUGAGACAGGAGCUAGGCCCUGGUGCAACUGUGUUAGGCUCUCCUCACCGUGCUGCUGCUGCCUGGCUUGGGGGCUCCAUCAUGGCAUCUCGGGACUCCUUUCAGAGCCUGUGGCUCAGCCGUCGUGAGUACGAGGAGGAGGGCCCAUGGGCCAUCUAUAAGUACCAUCUGUGA